UCCCGGCCGGGGCCCGCGGCCGCUCUCACGGGCUCUCUCCGCAGCGCAUGACGGACAAGUGCUUUCGGAAGUGCAUCGGGAAGCCCGGUGGGGCGCUGGACAACUCGGAGCAGAAGUGCAUCGCCAUGUGCAUGGACCGGUACAUGGACUCCUGGAACACGGUGUCCCGAGCCUACAACUCUCGGCUGCAGCGGGAGAGAGCCAACAUGUGAAGCGCCCCGGCUCCUGGACGAGGGAGGGACCAUGUGGGGAAGGGACGAGUGGCCAGUCCAGGAGGUUGGGGGUGAAAUCCUGCUGCCUUUCCAGCCCCUGCCAUGGCAGAGCAAUAAACCCUCGCUGAACCUUUUGCA